AUGGCCUCUAAUCCCCGUAAGUCGUUCGUUCGCCAGACCCGCUCGAUGACGCGCGCGGCUCAAGAAGCAGCUAACCUCCAAAUUGGAGACGCUCGAGAUGAUGCAGCGAAACCGUUCGAGCCGUCUGUCGUCGAACCGGAGCGAGGGGAUGAGCAGGAUUGCGCUGGAUGUACCAGGCCGAACAACGCCGAGCUGUACAUGGUGCGGUGUGAAAAGUGCGAGCUGUACUUCCACUUCUCGUGCGCGAACGUCACCACCGCAACCGUCAAUCAGCCGCCAACUGCAGCAGAUGGAGGAGCAGUUCCGGAUCCGCUCACAAAGGAACGACUCGCGCAGUUGGAGCGACAGUACCUGUACAGCUCGAAGAAGUACGCGCUUCUUCGGGAACAGGAAGAAGAAGAUGGGGGACGUAGUGUCCGUAGCAGAGACAGCCGCGCUUCGACGAGCAGGGUUGAGAAGUGGAUCAAUGCUCAGGCUGAGACCGGUAACAACGGUCCAGGCGUCAACAAGGAGACGACCGAGUCUGACGAUCACGUCCAGCCACUGAGUGAGGACAAGGCCGAUAGUCUGCACGUGAAGUUCACGUCUACUCCGCUCGCUUCGCCAAAUGCUUCGUUCAACGAAUCGUCGUACGUUUCCCUCUCCAUUUCCUCCCUAUUGCCGGACAGUCUCGAGAAAAGCAGCGAAAAGUCGAUCCCUGAGGGACCCAAGGACCCCGGGCAGACCGCGGCUGAAACUCCAUCCAGCGAGGUUCCAGAACCACCUACCACCAUGGAAAGCAUCCUCAAGCUGCUGCAAAUCUCACUGGGGAAGCCGCAGAACACCGGUGCUAUCCCGAAGAUCCUCAAAGUCACCUCGACCGCAUUCGAGGAGUGGCGAAACAGCAUGCAGCGGAAGGAUCUCGACCCGAUUCCAGAAGAGCUAAGCGAAGAGACGAAGAAAAACGAGCAAAACUUGCUUGUGCUCCUUCAGCAGCUCGAGGAUCAGCGCGCCGAGGACCAGCAGUUGCAGCGCCAGCGGGAAGAGCAGCUCAAACGCAAGCUGCAGCAGCAAGAACGUGAGCAAGCGAAGCAGAAGCAAGAACUGCAGCGUCGACUUCAGCAGGUGGAAGCAGAGCAGAAGGAAGAAAUGCAGCGUUUACUGCAGCAGCAACAACGCGAGCUGGCCGAGCAGAAGCGGGAGCUGAAACAGCGUCUCAAGGAGCAGAAGCAACAGCAAGCCAAGCAGCAAGAAGAGCUUGACCGUUUGCGAGAGCUCGAGAGGCUGCAAAAGCUGGCAGAAUCUCGGGACAAGAACCACUCGUCGGCGGCGGGCCGCAACGGCACGGUCGAAAACAACAAAAGCCGAUCAACAGAAAGCAUCCGAUCAGGAACAACAUCUGUACCAAGCGUUGACGAUGUCCUGCCACCUCCAUCUAACGAGCGAUCUCGCGCCUCUGCAAACUUUGGCAGUUCUUCCGUAAGGAGCUCUCGAUCUUCAUCUUCAAGGUCGUCUACUUUGACAACACCGUCGGUCGUACCUUCCGUUGAGUCAUUCCCCUCUCUCGUGCCGCCGCUGCCGGCACCGCCUCCGUACCAAGGACCGACUUCGCAGCAGAUUGCUGCACGUCAGGUGGUCAACAAGGAGCUCCCAGUUUUCACAGGGAAUCCUGUUGACUGGCCGAUCUUUAUCAGCAGUUAUAACCACUCUACGCUGACGUGCGGAUACACCGACAACGAGAACCUGUUGCGACUGCAGCGUGCGAUCCAGGGGAGGGCGAGAGAAGAAGUGAGCAGCCUGCUCCUCAAUCCGUCGACGAUACCGCAAUUGCUGACCUCUCUGAAGCUGCUGUACGGACGACCGGAGCAGAUCGUUCACACGAUGAUCGAGAAAGUACGCGCGACCCCCGCGCCGAGAGCGGACAAGCUGGAGUCUCUCGUCUCGUUCGGUCUGGUGGUCCACAAUCUCUGUGGGCACUUGAAGGCUAUUGGCAUGGAGAAGCACCUGUCGAACCCCAUUUUGCUGCACGAGCUCGUUGCCAAGUUGCCUUCCAACGUAAUGUUCAACUGGGCACUCUACCAGGAGCAACUGCCAGAAGUGGACCUCAACGUGUUCGGCGACUACAUGUCGAAAAUAGCGACCGCUACCAGCGGCGUGACAUUGUUCGCUGCGAAGGCUGCCAAGGACGAUUUCCGGCCCAAGAAGGAGAAGGCGGCGUACGUCAACACGCACUCGACUGCCGAGCAAGGUCGGCGCAAGGGUGACGACGAGAUCAAGGAGAAGCCGACGGACCGUCCGUCUUCGAACAUCAAGGUGUGCCCGAUGUGCGACAACAGCGGCCAUUUGGCGGCCAACUGCUCGAAGUUCAGCAAACUUUGUCUCGACGACCGUUGGAAGCUGGUCAAGGAGAAAAGACUUUGUCGUCGCUGUCUGGUUGCCCACUCGCGCUGGCCGUGCAAAAGCGAUCCCUGCGGAGUCCAAGGUUGCCAGAAGAAGCAUCAUCCGCUGCUCCACUACGAACAAGCACCCACGGAAGCGAAGCGCAGCGAGCCCGCAACGAGCGGCGUAGUCGCACUGCACCGUCAACCGACGACAUCAACGUUGUUCCGUAUGUUGCCCGUCACGUUGUACGGAAAGAAAGGGAAAGUAAACACGUUCGCCUUUCUCGAUGACGGCUCGUCGGUGACACUCCUGGAGCGGAAGUUGGCGGCAUCCCUUGGCCUGGAAGGAAAGCAAGCAUCUCUGUGCAUCCACUGGACAUCCGGCAUCAAGAAGAACUUCUCGGAGACGCGGGAGGUUGAGCUGGAGAUUUCUGGCGCUGAUCGUCCGCAGCGGUUCGUCGCGUCGAACGUGUACACGGUGGACAAGCUCGGACUUCCGGAACAAACGAUGGACGUCGCGGCCAUGGCGGAAGAGUUCGCGUAUCUGCAGGACCUGCCGCUAUCGAGCUUGCAGUCUGCGGUUCCCGGAAUACUCAUCGGUCUGAACAACGUGCACCUGCUCGCAACACUGAAGCUGCGGGAAGGACGCAAAGGAGAACCGAUCGCUACCAAAACGCGUCUCGGUUGGACGGUCUACGGGAGUAUGCCGGCGGCUACACAGUCUUUCGCCCACCGCCAGUUCCACAUCUCCGAUGAACAAGCCGAAGUUGACCUGCACGAAUACGUCAAGAGCUUCUUUGCGGUUGAAAGCCUCGGAGUCAUGGCAGUACCGAGCGAGGAGAGCGUCGACGACCAGCGUGCCAACAAGAUUCUGUCCGAAACUACCAAACGAGUCGAAGGUGGGCGGUUUGAAACUGGCCUUCUCUGGAAACAGGACUACUGUGGGAAUUAA